GCAGCACCAUCCACUUUCAACUUCCCACCAUGUUUGUUCAGUUUUGCUCCGCUCUGCUUGCUCUCUCCUCUCUGACCGCCGCAUCUGAUCCAGGCUGUGAGGAACUGAUAAAACCUCUGGAGGACCGAAGCAAGAUUUAUGGAAAAUGGGUUUUACAUGCUGGAGCAUCAGACAGCGAACAAAACCUGAAUGCAAAAAAGAUUGUGAACAGCUCCUGGGUUCAACUCACCACCAUACCUGACAGCGAUGAAUUCAGUUUGCACUACAUGGACAAAAUUGAGGGAAAAUGUGUUUGUGGGGCCCUUAACUCCAGCACUUCAGGAAACGCGACCAAGGUGAUCUUUUACUAUAACUCCACCACAUAUGAGCAUAUCGGGCGCUUUUUGGAGACGUGCGCUGACUGCGUCCUGUGGGUGGACGACGCGGUGGCCGAGGUGAACGGGGAGACAAGAAAAAGCAAAAACCUUUACAUCUUCACAAAGACAGGGAAACUGGACGCCUCCGAUCUUGAGGUUUUCAAGAAACAGGCCAAGUGUCUGAACCUCUUACCUGAUUUCUAUUAUCUGGAGACUACUGACCUUUGUCCUGAGGAAAGGGAACAUACUACUGCCCCUGCAGAGGGACAUACAGAAGAACAAUAGAAGAACACAAGUGACCGUCUGCUUUCCGCCCUCGUGCCUUCUGUUCCUGAACUCUUUGGAUCUAAUCACGAUUCACAUGUGAUUUCCUAGUUAACGCCCUGAAGCAUAACUUGUUUUAACUGUUUGGAAAUAAACUAUGUAGUCUGCUGCAAACCA